GGGCCUUUUUUAAGCAUAAAGCCCAUAUAAUUUUAGAGCCCACAUUGGUAGCACGAAAUAUAAACCCUAGUUUUUUCUCAACCAGUAGUAUUACCAGCAACAACCUUGGUGUAGCAGUCGGGCGUGUUGAAGACCGGAAGCAGCCAUGGGUAUCGAUCUUAAGGCAGGAGGUAAGAACAAAAAAACAAAAAGAACAGCACCAAAAUCCAAUGAUAUCUAUCUCAAGCUUUUGGUCAAGCUUUAUCGGUUCCUUGUUCGGAGAACUGGCAGCAAUUUCAAUGCUGUUAUACUCAAGAGGUUGUUUAUGAGCAAGGUUAACAAACCUCCACUAUCUUUGUCAAGGUUGAUCAAGUAUACCAAUGGGAAGGAAGGUAAAAUUGCUGUCGUGGUGGGGGCUAUAACUGAUGAUGUCCGUGUUAAUGAAGUUCCAGCCAUAAAGGUUACAGCACUCAGGUUUACCGAGAGGGCAAGGGCAAGAAUAGAAAGUGCUGGUGGUGAAUGCUUGACAUUCGAUCAGUUGGCUCUUAGGGCCCCUCUGGGACAAAACACGGUUCUUCUUAGAGGCCCAAAGAAUGCUCGUGAAGCAGUGAAGCACUUUGGUCGUGCUCCUGGUGUCCCACAAAGCCACACCAAACCUUAUGUUAGAGGAAAGUCAAGGAAGAUCGAGAAGGCUAGAGGAAAGAGGAAGAGCAGAGGAUUCAGAGUUUGAUGUGAUAGUAUUUCUUUGCUGGUAUUAUUACUUUUGAAAUUCAGAUUUUGUCUACAUCUAAACAGUGUUGUUAUUUAUGUUUGAUAAUGAUUUUCAGUAUGGAGAUUUUAUUCCUUGCUCCCUUAUUUUCUGUGGUUGUGUUUUGUGUCGCCUUAGUUACAGUUUUGAUGUUAGAGAAUGGGUAGUUGUUAAUUAAGGAUGCA